GCAAACAAUGGAAACUAAUGUUAACUUUCAAUCAAUGGCUGCUAUAGAGGAGCAGAAUAUUCUUAUGUAUAGCCUUUUAGAUUAUGAAAAUAAGCCAGCUCACGUUUAUCUAACAUCAACACAAAUAAUCAUCGAAAACAAUAACAGGCCAAGAUCAAACGACAUAUCAUUGGAUGCUCGACCGAGUUCGUGUCCCUCUAAUCAAGUAAUAGAUUUAAAGGAAAUUAUAGCAGUUAGAGCUGACCACAAGUCACCAAUCAAAGAUAGAAAAGUCACAUCUCCAAACAAACCAUCCUUGCUCCAGGAAGAGAAAUCCUCUGGCACAAAUACAUUUUCUAUUUUUGUUAUAAAGCGUGUUGCAAAGCAUAGGUGGCGCCACAAAAAGUGCUUGUUUGUGUGCCGAGAUUAUGGCACCUGCCAAAUCUGGAUUGAAAAACUUCAAGACAUUUUGAGGAGUCCAGAGUGGAAAAGACCAAAACGUCUGCUUGUAUUUAUCAACCCAUUCGGUGGUAAAAAGAAAGCUGUGAAAAUAUUUAAUGAAAAAGUUCGCCCUUUGUUUGAAUUAGCAGGGAUCUACUCAGAAGUCAUUAUUACCAAAAGGCAGUAUCAUGCUAGAGAUGUGAUUUUUGAUUAUGAUCUACACUCCGUAGACGGAUUGGUUUGUGUUGGGGGAGAUGGCACUUUCUCAGAGCUGCUCAAUGGCCUGCUGGACAGGGUCAAUGCUGAGGCUGGCGUCCAGCAGAUUUUUCGACAUACACCAGUUAGUCCAUCUGUAAGGAUAGGCAUCAUACCUGCAGGCUCUACAGAUGCUAUAGUCUACUCUUUGGUUGGGAUCAAUGACCCAGUGACAUCAGCCCUGCAGAUUAUCUUAGGUGAUAGCAUUGGUAUGGAUGUAACAGCACUGUACAAGAAAGAAGAGUUUGUUAAAUACACUGUCACCAUGUCUGGGUAUGGUUACUAUGGUGAUUUACUCAAGGAAAGUGAAACUCUUCGCUGGAUGGGACCAAAAAGAUACACAUGGAGUGGUUUCAAAACCUUCUUAGCUAACAAGGCAUAUGAGGGGGAAGUAUCUUUCCUCUUGGCAUCUGAGGAGGAUAGCCACCCUAGGGAUCACACUGUUUGCUACGCAGGUUGUGAGAAGUGCCGUAAGGCUGGGAUGAGAAGUGAGCUUACAUCAAGCUCACAAAUCGAGCUGGACUUGGGUGCUGCUAGUGAGGGUUUGUCUGCCCACAGGAGAGCCAAUUUUAUGUUGAAGGAUGGAUGGCACCACGUGAAAGGAAGAUUUAGUGCCAUAAAUUUGGUGACAAUCAGCUGCCGCUGCAGUCUCAGCCCACAGGGCAUGUCACCAUCCUCACACCUGGGGGAUGGAUGCAUGGAUCUCAUCCUAAUUCAAGAUUGUUCCAGGCUGGAUUACCUACGACAUCUGGCACGGAUACCAGACAGCCGAUCUGAUCAGUUUGACUUUGAUUUCAUCCAAGUCUACCGUGUGAAAGAAUUCUGUUUCCAGCCAGCUACUGAGCCAGAGGAAUGCUUUGAGGACUCAGGUGGCUGUGCCAUGAAAAAAUCUGGCCACACCCGCAUGACGUCUGCUUCUAACAGUUGUUGGAAUUGUGAUGGUGAAGUUUUUGAUCACCCAUCUUUAUACAUCCAGGUGCACUGUCAGCUGAUCAAGUUGUUUGGCAGGGGUGUGGAGGAAUCAAACAGACAUGACAGUCUCCAGUGCCCCACCUGCUGCUCUGCUUAUGACAGUGACAAAUGAAAAAAAGAACUCAGCAGAGCAUUGUGGGAUGUCUAGUUAUUUUUAGACCUGUUUGUGCACAGUGCCUUGUUGUGUGUCACACAGAACAGCUGUCAUGUGUAUAGUUUUAUAUUUUUGUAACAAUUUUCUAGUAAUUUAUUUGUAAACAGAAGCAGUGUUUAUGUUUAUUUUAUCUCUGGGAAAAUCAAUAGAAACUCAAACUUUGGUGGGUUUUUUAAAACAAAUAGUAAACUUGACAGGCAAGGUAUUUUUCUUUGAUAAAAAAAUUAUUUGAAAAAAAAUUUUUAGAGAAAUAUUUGUGAAUAGUUAAUGAUUAGAUAAAGUAUUUGUGUAUUUUCCUAUAUUUCUGUUUAACCUGUUUGCUUUGAUGUUAAUUCAAUGUUAGCUACAUCAAAAGAUCUGUUGUAUUUUCCCUGCUGUCAUAUGUGAUACAGAGAACAGAAUUUUUUUAUCUUAUUUAUAUUUAAAGUCACCUUGUACAAUUUUAUUUCUUUCAUUUUUUCUACAUGUCUCAUAAACUUGUGUUGAAAACCACCUUUUUAUGAAAGAACAGUUGCAGUCAGUCUAGCGAGGGUUGCCUGCCUGUCAGCCUGACAGGAGCAGAGGUCUGUGUAGGUCUUUUGACCAAGCAUAACUGUUCCUCAAUUAUUUUCACCCAGAUGUUAAACUACAAGUUCAGAACAAACUUUAUUUAUUUAAACAUGUUUGAUAACCAUUUUACAUUUGGUUAUGAAUUACAUCCAUGCAGGCAUAGUUGUCUGUAUGCGGCUUCCAUGUUGUGUAGGCUGGCAUUGGUGCUGUUCUGAGGCUGCAUUUAAAGUCUAGAUUUUAAACAUGGAAUUAUUUAUUCUUGAAAGUGUGUCAUAAAUUUAAGCAUGUGGUUGAUGCAUUUGGUCAGCCACAUGAAGGAGCUUUUUGGAAGAAAUGUACUGUUUAUCAUGGUGCUAAAGUUGCUGUUACAAAGUUGUUGUUUUACUCACAUCCCCACCCACGCUUAGAUUUUCACAUGCCAAAAUUUUAUGUUUUCAAAUUUUGGUGUAUUUCUGCUAAUUUAUUUUAAAAAUCACCAGACUUGAAUUUUUCAGCUUUUUUUCUAUCAAGCAAAUUUA